CAGGAGACCUCCUUCUUUACGAUAUAACCAAUUCAGUAAUCAUGAGUGACCUUCCAUUAUUAAGUACCCGCCGUUCUUCUUCCCCAUUCGUUAAUCCUGAUGAUUCAUAUUUAAAACAAUUCUUGACGACUACUUGGUGGACAACAAAAUUGACCUUCAAGUCAUCACCCGUCAACUACUUGCUUGUGUUUCUUCCAUUGGGUAUCGCUGCUGGUGAGCUCAAUUGGAGUUCUAACGCAAGAUUCUGGUUGAACUUUGUCGCCAUUAUCCCAUUGGCUUCCAUCUUAGCUUACGCUACUGAAGAAAUUAGUGAUUUCGUGGGACAAACCGCUGGUGGGUUGAUGAAUGCAACCUUUGGUAAUGCCGUCGAAUUGAUUGUGUCAAUUAUCGCCUUGAAGGAGAACCAAGUAAGAAUCGUCCAAGCAUCAAUGUUGGGAAGUAUCUUGAGUAAUUUGCUUUUAGUCUUGGGUUGUUGUUUUAUUGCCGGUGGUAUCACCCGAGUACAACAAACUUUUAACCAGACCGUGGCCCAAACCAUGUCCAGUUUAAUGGCAUUAGCCACUGCUUCCUUGUUGAUUCCAGCUGCAUUCCAUGCCUCUUUACCUGCCAGUGGCGGUAAGCAUGUUGGAUUCAAGCCUGCUCCUGGUAAUGGAGACGACUUAAUCUUGUCUUUAUCUAGAGGAGUCUCUGUUAUCUUGUUAAUUGUAUAUGUGUUGUACUUGUUCUUCUCAUUGAAGACUCACAAGGCAUUAUUUGAAGGUGAAGAAGAAGACCACAAUGUCAUUAGAACAGUGAGUGACAAUGACAAUGUCUUGACAUUGACUCCUGUCACCUCCAACAAACUUCGUCACAACCAUGAAACCCACUUGACUGUCACUGGAUCUAUCAUUGUUUUACUUGCUGCCACUGUAUUGGUGUCCAUUUCCGCUGAUUACCUUGUUGGCUCAAUUGAUGAAAUUGUUGAAACUACUGGUCUUUCCAAAACAUUUAUCGGGUUGAUCGUCAUUCCUAUCGUAGGUAAUGCUGCCGAACAUGUUACUGCCAUCAUUGUCGCCAUGAAGGACAAGAUGGACUUGGCCAUUGGUGUAGCUGUCGGUUCUUCCUUGCAAAUUGCCAAUUUCGUUACUCCAUUCAUGGUGUUGAUUGGUUGGGCCAUUGAUGUGCCUAUGUCCUUGUACUUUUCCACAUUUGAAACAGCAAUUUUGUUUGUCAGUGUAUUUAUUACCAACUUAGUUAUUUUGGACGGUGAGAGCAAUUGGUUGGAAGGGGCUAUGUUGUUGAGUAUGUAUUUGAUUGCUGCCUUGGCGUUCUUCUACCAUCCCGAUGAAAUGUUGUAGUGUAUAUGUAUCAUUGUAUUAGUAAAUCUACGUUACGAAGUAUAUAACAAUAAGUAGAAACAUUAUCCAUAAAGUGUACCAUAUGAAUGCUUCUCCUAUAUACGUAGAGAGUGUUUUUACUGGUGUAUCUUGUCUAGCAUUUGUGUUCGUAUCUGGUUAGUAUUGUGUUAAAUAUCAACUCAGUGAAUACGGGAUUAUCAUAUGACCAAAUAUUUCCAGAAUAGGCAUGGUUAUUGUUUUAAUUACAACUCUAAACCGACUAAUGCAU